GAGGCCAUCUACUCGGAGGGCGCAUGACGUGCCGGCGGGGCCGAGCCCGGGGCCCGCGGCGGCGGAAGGAAGCUCGGGCGCAGGCCCGGCUCGGCGGAGGGUGCGAGCCCGGGGGAGGAGCCUGCGCGGCGGGGCAGCGGGCGCAGCGGCCCAGCCAUGUCCGCCGCCGAGGAGGUGGUACAGAUCCGCCUGGAAGGCCGCUGCUACCCGGUGAGCAAGAGCAAGCUGAUCGAGCAGAGCGACUACUUCCGCGCGCUCUACCGCUCCGGCAUGCGCGAGGCCGUGCGGCCCGAGGCGGGCCCGGAGGUGCAGCAGCUCCGCGGCCUGAGCGCGCCGGGCCUGCGCCUGGUGCUGGACUUCAUCAACGCGGGCGGCGCGCGCGAGGGCUGGGGCCUGGGCGAGGACGAGGUGCUGGCCGAGCUGGUGGAGGCCGCGUCCUUCCUGCAGGUCACGGCGCUGCUGCGCCUGCUGCUGUCGCAUGUGCGUCUGGGCAACUGCUUGGAGCUGUACCGCCUGGCUCAGGUGUACGGGCUGCCCGACCUGCAGGAGGCCUGCAUGCGCUUCAUGGCGCUGCGUUUUCACCAGGUGCUGUGCCAACCGCAGUUCCCGCUGCUGCUGUCGCCGCCGCAGGCUCCCGGGGACGGCAGCCUGAAGCAGAGGCUGAGGGAGGCCCGCAUGCGCGGGACCCCGGUUCUGGUGGCCCUGGGGGACUUCCUCGGGGGACCCCUGGCCCCGCACCCGUAUCAGGGGGAACCCCCGUCCAUGCUUAGGUACGAGGAGACCACUGAACGCUGGUUCCCGCUGGCCAACAACCUGCCCCCCGACCUGGUGAACGUCAGGGGCUACGGCUCAGCCAUCUUGGACAACUACCUCUUCAUCGUGGGCGGGUACAGGAUCACCAGCCAGGAGAUCUCGGCCGCACACUCCUACAACCCCACCACCAACGAGUGGCUGCAGGUGGCCUCCAUGAACCAGAAACGCUCUAACUUCAAACUCGUGGCUGUCGGCUCGAAGCUCUAUGCCAUCGGCGGGCAGGCUGUGUCUAACGUGGAAUGCUACAACCCUGAGCAGGAUGCAUGGAAUUUUGUGGCUCCUCUGCCAAGCCCUCUGGCUGAGUUCUCCGCCUGUGAGUGCAAGGGGAAGAUCUACGUCAUUGGCGGCUAUACCACCCGCGAUCGCAACAUGAACAUCCUGCAGUACUGCCCCUCUUCUGACCUCUGGACGCUGUUUGAGACCUGUGACGUCCACAUCCGCAAGCAGCAGAUGGUGUCCGUGGAGGACACCAUCUACAUCGUGGGUGGAUGUCUCCAUGAACUGGGUCCCAACCGCAGGAGCAGCCAGAGCGAGGACAUGCUCACCGUGCAGUCCUACAACACCGUCACUCGGCAGUGGCUCUACCUGAAGGAGAACACGUCCAAGUCGGGCCUGAACUUGACAUGUGCGCUGCACAAUGACGGCAUCUACAUCAUGAGCAGGGACGUCACCCUGUCCACCAGCUUGGAGCACCGAGUGUUCCUCAAGUACAACAUCUUUGCGGACAGCUGGGAAGCCUUCCGGCGGUUCCCAGCCUUCGGACACAACUUACUGAUUUCCUCUCUCUAUCUACCCAACAAAGCAGAGACCUGAGUGAUAGAUUCAACAGCAUU